GGGUUUCACUGAGUAUCACGAAUCUGCCUGUUUCGCAACAUGGCGGACAAUUUCCCAAUCACCACAGCUCAGAUCGUGGGCCUCUUCAUGGAAUGUAUAUUGUAUGGCAUUUAUCUCGUCACCCUCGUGCAAUGUCUGCGCGCCCUCUUGUGGUCCGACUCCAACCAUGCUCUGAAGGAAAAGAUCAACUAUCCCAUGCUCGUAGUGACCCUCUUACUCUGUACUUUUGCUACUCUUGAUGUCGCCUUUGGUCUUCGUCAUAAUCUCGUAGCCUUCGUCUACUACACUGGCCAGGGUGGAGCUACUGCAGAGUUUGAAGACAUCUCCUACUGGGUAAACGUCAUGAAGACCGUGGAUUAUGUGAUGCAAACAUUGAUCGGUGACGCCAUGUUGACGUAUCGCUGUUACCUCGUAUAUGGCAGAAAUUGGAAAAUCAUCAUUCCCUCGUCUAUAAUAUGGCUUGCUAGCUUGGCAUGUGGCAUUGCAUUAAUUGUCACUUUCGCAACGCUCAACACUAGCGCCCUCCUGAAUGUAAGCCAGGCGGAGCCAUUCUUAAAUUCUGGACUCGGCACAACCCUAGGUAUGAAUAUCAUAACUACAUCAUUGAUAGUAUACCGUAUAUGGUCUGUUGAUAGACAGACAGCAAGCAUGACGGUCAACACCAACCCACGCCGAGGCUCACGACUGAAGCACGUCGUCCACAUCCUCGUCGAAUCUGCCGCUUUGUAUACCGUCUCCGUUCUCAUCUUCGUAUGCACUUAUGCGGCCAGCAGCAAUGCCAACUAUGGAACCUCAGAUAAUGUUGUUCAAAUCAUUGGCAUAUCUUUUAACCUUAUCAUCAUCCGCAUCACUUCAGGUAGAUCGUUUGAGAACAUGACAGCCGCUCCCACACUUCCGACCAUAGAAAUCCACAAACGGAGUACAAUGCAGGACAGCUUCCCGCUCUCUACAUUCCGAAGUUCUCAAGGCAUUGUUGCGGACAAAUCGAAUGCGAGCUCAAAAUUACCUAGACUUCAAAUCAAUGUCUCUCAUGAUGUUGAUUAUGCUAUGGACGAUGACAGCGUUCGGGCAGGUACAUCAGUUGACGUUGAUAUGAAGCCGGGGCAAUGGGAUGGCGCUUGAUUUUGGUGGGAGACUAUGAUCAUUACGAGCAAUUGCAUUUCAAUCAAGAUAUCUUAGUUGUUGUAUUAUCUAUUGGUUUUCGGUUUACGUACCGAGAUGAACUUUGUUGUAUCACUAU